UAUAACGAUCUUGACCUCCGGAGCUCUAUCAUCCUUCCGUCCUCCAGAGCUUCGUCUUCUCCAAUUCGUUUUUGUAUGUUUCCAUUGCUACGCAAUAACAUAGCAGAGGAAAAAACCGGAAACUAACCAUCAUGGUGCACGUCUCUUUUUACCGCAACUAUGGGAAAACCUUCAAGAAACCAAGACGUCCCUAUGAGAAGGAGCGUUUGGAUGCUGAGUUGAAGCUUGUUGGAGAGUACGGGCUCCGUUGUAAGAGAGAGCUUUGGAGAGUUCAGUAUGCAUUGAGCCGUAUACGUAAUGCAGCAAGAAUGCUUCUCACCCUUGAUGAGAAAAACCCACGUCGUAUUUUUGAGGGUGAAGCCCUUCUGAGGAGGAUGAAUAGGUAUGGACUUUUGGAUGAGAGCCAGAACAAGCUUGAUUAUGUGUUGGCCCUGACUGUGGAGAACUUUCUUGAGCGCCGUCUCCAAACUCUCGUGUUCAAGUCCGGUAUGGCUAAGUCAAUCCAUCAUGCCAGAGUGCUCAUCAGGCAAAGGCACAUCAGGGUUGGGAGACAAGUGGUUAAUAUUCCCUCAUUUAUGGUGAGGGUGGACUCGCAAAAGCAUAUUGAUUUCUCACUUACAAGUCCCUUUGGUGGUGGGCGGCCUGGUAGAGUGAAGAGAAAGAAUCAAAGGGCUGCUAACAAGAAGAGUUCUGGUGGCGAUGGGGAUGAAGAAGAUGAAGAGUGAGCUUUUUUCCGUUCUGAAAUAGUGAUUAAUGUUUCUUUUUGGAAGUAUGCCUAGGAGUUUUUCAUAUUGAUCUUUCAUUUCAUUUUGUCAACCUAUGAUGAUUUUUUUGAGAAUCUUUAGCAAGCAAUUUCAAUUCCUUUUCUGUUCUUUCUUCUUA